AUGGAAUAUGCAAAUGAAGAUGAACCUGCAUCAGAUGAAGAUGAUGAGUACGAUGAAGUUUAUAAUUAUACUAAAGCAAAAUUGACUUUUCCUAAAGAAGAAUCAGUAUUACAAUGGUGGAAUAAAUGGUCAUUGAAUUAUCCACAACUUAGUGUAUUAGCAAAAUGGUUAUUGGGAAUACCAGCUAGUUCGGCUACCAGUGAACCCAUUUUCAGCGCAAGUGGUAGAGUUUUGGAAGAAAGAAGGCAAAAUUUAGGCAGUGAUAUAGUUAACGACAUUUUAUUUUUACGAAAUUUUCGAAAUAUGUGA